AUGUCAAACUUCUCACCCUCCACCAACGGAACAAAUGGAGUAUCGUCUUCAUCUACAUCAUCGAUGCCCCCACCGGCGUUAUCUUCAGGAUUCCAAUCAGCUUCAUCCAUUCUCAAAAAUCAAUCAACCACUUCCUCAGGAGGAUCAUUGAGAAAUGCCUCUUCAUCAUCAAACGGGCAACCACCAACAGUACCAGAACUACCUGGACCCACACCGAUACCAUCUUCUGGACCGUCACCUGAAAAAACCCAAUCAAAUACCGGUACUACUCCGUCCUCCAUCUCGAACCUGAAUCAAGCUGGACCUUCGAAUAGACCGAUCAAUAGACCUGCAGCAAGUAAGAAUAGCGUAAUAUAUAAUUCCGUUCAGAGGCGGAAUCCGGUGUUGGGCUCGAUAAGAAAUGUAGGUAUCGAAAUAGGCGAUAUAGUAGCGGAUUAUCAAGUUGGUGCUCAUAACGGAGUAUUAUUUCUGAGUUUGAAAUAUCAUAGAUUACAUCCUGAAUAUAUACAUCAAAGAAUUGACAAGAUGAAAGGAAGUUAUAACUUAAGGAUCGUAUUGGUAUUAUGUGACGUUAACGAACAUCAACAAUCAUUAAGGGAGAUAAACAAAAUAGCUAUAAUAAAUGAAUAUACGGUAUUCGUAGCUUGGUCAAAUGAGGAAAUAGCACAAUAUCUAACGACGUUCAAAUCAUACGAACAUAAAUCCGCUGAUACGUUGAAGGAAAGAAUUCAUCAAAGUUAUCAUGAUCAAUUACAACAUGUUUUGACCAGUGGAAGGAAAGUGAAUAAGACUGAUGCAGAUAAUCUAGCUGCUCAAUUUGGGUCAUUAGCGAAUCUAUCGAGACAGCCAUCCAAGAUCUUAUCCAAUGUGAAAGGUCUGGGAUCUACAAAAGUCACUUCUCUGAUAGAUGCGUUCAACAAACCUUUCUUGGUGGGUGGAUUGAGGAAAGAAGACAUGUCACAAGGUCCAGCUGGGAUAAGUGAGAAAGAACGAAGAGCAGUUGGAGUGCUAGUUCCUAAUGCCAAUCCAAACCCUAAAUCCAAGUCUGCGCAAAAGUCAAAAAGUAAAACACCAGAAGUAGAGAUUAAUGGAGAUGCGGAUUUGGAUGUGAAUUUGAUUGACACAGGAAGUCCAGAUUGGCCUUCGGGAGAAGAAGAAGAAGAUCAAGAUCAAGAUCAGGAAGAAGAAAAUCCUCGAGUUCAGGUUCAAGGAAGAGGUAGGAUACAAAGUCCAAGUAGAUCGCCUGGAUUAAGUCCUGAACCGAGAGAAAAUAUUUGGCAAGAUCCGUUAGACGAUGAACAGGACGAUAAUGAUGAUGAUGAUGAUGCGAACGAAGGACCUACAGCGAAGAGAGCUAGAGUUGGGAUAUAG